AGUUGCCUUCACAGUUCUCCAUGCAGAGGGUUGUACCAGCUCUGGGUGGUCGGAAGGCUCCAUGGUCGGCCGUUCGUAUGAUCUCUUCACGGAAGAUAGCUCCAGCAUGGCCCUACUAUCUCGCUGGGGAAGCAGUAUACUCUAAUACCGACCUCGAGGUUACCGACAAGUAUAGUGGCGCCGCGGUGUGUCGCGUGGCCUUGGCCAAGCCUCCGGAAGUAGAACGAGCUAUAGCUACGGCUCAUGGAGCUGAGAAGACGAUGGCUGCGCUCCCGGCAUUUCAACGAAAAAGAAUCCUCCAGCAUUGCGUGGAAAGGUUCCGAGACAGAGCUGAGGAGCUGGCCUACUGUCUGUGUGUGGAGGCUGGUAAACCUAUUAUGGAUUCUCGCCUGGAGGUGAGAGGUGGUGGGAAGGGGAUCUCCACUUGAUUCCCGUGUUCGUGAGGUAUAUUGUUGAGGUUGUUACUAUGGUACUCGAUGGCGAUAGAGCAACAACAGUGAACAGUUUGAUCCAAGGCCCUUUCGAUCAGGGUUUGCCCUUUGGGCACGGGCGGAAAUUUCCGAAGGAAAUUUUCGAGAAAAUUUCAGAAAUUUCCGUUGAGGCUGGAAAUUCUUGGAAAUUUGCUAAAAAUGCCCAAAAAAUCGUGCCCAGGGUAGUAGAGAGGAGAGAAGUAGUUUAGAUUCAUUCAUAAUGGCCGAACAAAGCUAGUGAAGGCUUUCGCAGGUGUCUACUGGUCACUAUGAAUACAUCUUGCGGGUUCCCUCAGAUAUCGAUCAGGUGGGCGUGCGCGUGAGCCUCUCAAGAGUUAGCGAUUCUCCA